AUGGGUGUUCGGAUCCUUGGCAGUGAAUUCUGGGCACUGGAGAUUCCAGUCCUCAGCCCGGGGGACCUGGGAGCUUCGCCCGAGUACCUGCUGCAUCCUGUCCGAAGCUUGGACCUGCAGACAUCUUCUGAAGAACACGUCUGUCCAGGAGGGGACGCGCUGAGUCAGCUGCAGACCAUCUUGGAGCUCAGGGCCCGGGUGUUUGUCUCUGUGUUUUGGGAUGGGCCCACACACACACAAGUGGUCCAGAUAGCAGUGGGCAUGGUGGAGGGCAUGCCCUCGCGCAAGGGGCUGGUGUACAUCCAGCAGACGGACGACUCCCUCAUUCACUUCUGCUGGAAGGACCGGACGUCGGGCAGCGUGGAGGACGACUUGAUCAUCUUCCCUGACGACUGUGAGUUCAAGCGAGUGCCCCAGUGCCCCAGCGGGAGGGUCUACGUGCUCAAGUUCAAGGCGGGAUCCAAGCGGCUCUUCUUCUGGAUGCAGGAGCCGAAGACGGACCAGGACGAGGAGCACUGUCGGAAGGUCAACGAGUACCUGAACAACCCCCCGAUGCCCGGUGCACUGGGGACCAGCGGCAGCAGUGGCCACGAGCUCUCUGCGCUCGGCGGUGAGGGCGGCCUGCAGAGCCUGCUGGGUAACAUGAGCCACAGCCAGCUGAUGCAGCUGAUCGGACCAGCCGGCCUGGGAGGACUGGGUGGGCUUGGCGCCCUGACCGGGCCGGGCCUGGCCAGUCUGCUAGGCAGUGGAGGGCCUCCGGCCAGCAGCUCGUCAUCCAGCUCCCGGAGCCAGUCAGCCGCCGUCACCCCGUCCUCCACCACCUCCUCCACUCGCCCCACCCCAGCCCCUUCUGCACCAGCAGCCGCCUCUGCGAGCAGCCCGAGCCCCGCGCCCAGUUCAGGUGACGGAGCCAGCACGGCAGCCAGCCCGACCCAGCCCAUCCAGCUCAGCGACCUGCAGAGCAUCUUGGCGACCAUGAACGUGCCGGCAGGGACAGGCGGCAGCCAGCAAGUUGACCUGGCCAGUGUGCUCACGCCUGAGAUCAUGGCUCCCAUCCUGGCCAACGCCGACGUCCAGGAGCGCUUACUGCCCUACCUUCCCUCGGGGGAGUCGCUGCCCCAGACGGCAGAGGAGAUCCAGAACACACUGACCUCACCUCAGUUCCAGCAGGCCCUGGGCAUGUUCAGUGCGGCCUUGGCCUCGGGGCAGCUGGGCCCCCUCAUGUACCAGUUUGGUCUGCCCGCGGAGGCCGUGGAGGCCGCCAACAAGGGUGAUGUGGAAGCAUUUGCCAAAGCCAUGCAGAGCAGCGCCAAGUCGGAGCCGAAGGAGGGCGACACGAAAGACAAGAAGGACGACGAGGAGGACAUGAGCUUGGACUAGGGUCCGUGUCCCCGACGGAAGGGGC